GACUUUUAAGCACUAAAAAGAAUUCCAUUCCCUCCUCCACAGUUCCCUUUAAAGCACAAAACGACUCAGUCAUUCAGAUCCCAUAUUCUGGCUAGGGGAGGUCAUCAUCUCCUCUUCCUCUCCUCCUCCAUGACUCCCUACUCCUCCAUGCUCUCCAAGAACACCAGGAUCAUGGAGGAGGUGUGGAAGGACAUAAGCUUGAGUUCUCUGCAGCAAGACAUGCCUUCCAUUCCUUCCCUUCCACCAAACCACCUCGAGCGCCUGUGCGGUGUCAGCUCGUCGACCACCACCUCCUUUAAAAGCAUCAUUCUCCAAGACUUCCUUACCGAGCACUUCAAGGCGACCAGUGACCGCAGUCCUCCUCCUUCUACCGCUCUUGGUCUCAACUCCAACCUCGGCGGUGGCAGCAAUGGUCUCUCCUCCUCCUCCGCCUCCAGUUUCUUCUCGGAUGGCGUCGGUGACGGCGUCGUAGCUUGCUGCAGCAAGAAGCACCAGAUGGAGCAUGAGUUGAACGAAGAAUCCGGCGAUCGGAGCGACGUCGACCGAAGGAAGAAGCGGAUGAUCAAGAACCGUGAGUCGGCAGCUCGGUCGAGAGCCAGGAAACAGGCUUACACAACUGAGUUGGAGCAGGAGGUGGAUCACUUAGUGAACGAGAACAGGACGCUGAAGCGACAGUUUGAGGAGCUAAAGAAAGCCGCGCAGGAUCACCUCUUCGUGCCUGCAAAGCACACCCUCCAAAGAACCCUAACAGCUCCAUUUUAAGGGAGAGAAGAACAGGGAGUUCUCUUUACAGCCGAUAUACACUUCUAUGUACAGAUAUAGCUACUGUGAUAGUAGUACAUAUACGUAGAACGCCUCUCUCUCUCUCUCUCUCUAUACAUACAUAUAUAUAUAUGUAUGUAUGUAUGUAUGUAUGU